UUAGGAGGUCCCGGGAAAGGAGUCGGAACCCGCUUAAGCUCAACUUAAAUCUGCCUCCUGGGAGCCGACCGGGUUUCUACAAGUUGGCAGGCCCCAACCCGAAGUCCAGGCGGCCUUAUGGUGUGCGUUGAGUAAUCUCUCAACUUGACUGUCACAGUUACAGGGGCAAUACCGGGAGCAAGGACACUGCCGGCCGCCCAUCAGGCGCCGGCUUCUCGCCGCGGCGGGGAUGACGUGGCAGAGCGGCCUUGGGCGGCCGCUUUGCUUUCCUUUCUUCCGCUCGUCCGGCUAGAGGCGCGGAAGGCGCAGGGGCUGCUGGGAACACCCAGGCGCCCGCCUCGGCAGGGAGUACGCCUCCAACGUCCGCGGCCGCGGGGGCUGUCGGGUGUCGGCGGCGCUUUGCGGCCGGUCGUACGGGUUGGGCGCGGGCUGGCGCCGUGGCCGUGGAGCGCACAGGUGAUUGACUGGUCGGCUGGCUGAGGGAAGCGCUCGAUCGUCUUGGCUUGGCAGGUGCCGGAGCCCGUUUGGGCGGGGACGGAGGCGGUGGCGGCGCCAGUGGCCGCUCGGCUCGACUAGCACCCUUUCGUCCAAGGCCAUGGCUCCGCGGCUGCAGCUGGAGAAGGCGGCCUGGCGCUGGGCGGAGACGGUGCGGCCCGAGGAGGUGUCGCAGGAGCACAUCGAGACCGCCUACCGCAUCUGGCUGGAACCGUGCAUCCGAGGCGUGUGCAGACGGAAUUGCAAAGGAAAUCCGAAUUGCUUGGUUGGGAUUGGUGAGCACAUAUGGUUAGGAGAAAUAGAUGAAAAUAGUUUUCAUAACAUUGAUGAUCCCAACUGUGAGAGGAGGAAAAAGAACUCGUUUGUAGGCCUGACUAACCUGGGAGCCACUUGUUACGUCAACACAUUCCUCCAGGUGUGGUUUCUCAAUUUGGAGCUUCGGCGGGCACUGUACCUGUGCCCCAGCACCUGUGGAGACUGCCCAGUGGGAGAUGGGGUCCACAGAGAAAAAGAUUACGAGCCUCAGACAAUCUGUGAACAUCUGCAGUACUUGUUUGCUUUAUUGCAAAACAGUAAUAGACGAUACAUCGAUCCCUCGGGUUUUGUUAAAGCCUUGGGCUUGGACACUGGGCAGCAACAGGAUGCCCAAGAAUUUUCAAAGCUCUUCAUGUCUCUGUUGGAAGAUACUUUGUCGAAACAAAAAAAUCCAGAUGUGAGGAACAUUGUGCAGCAGCAGUUCUGUGGGGAAUACGCUUAUGUGACUGUCUGCAAUCAGUGUGGCCGAGAGUCUAAGCUGUUAUCGAAGUUCUAUGAACUGGAGUUAAACAUCCAAGGCCACAAGCAGUUAACAGACUGCAUCUCGGAAUUCCUGAAGGAAGAAAAAUUAGAAGGAGACAAUCGAUACUUCUGUGAAAACUGUCAAAGCAAGCAGAAUGCUACGAGAAAGAUCCGACUGCUGAGUCUUCCUUGUACUCUGAACCUGCAGCUGAUGCGUUUUGUGUUUGACAGGCAAACUGGACAUAAGAAGAAGCUCAACACCUACAUUGGCUUCUCAGAAAGUUUGGACAUGGAGCCAUACGUGGAGCACAAAGGUGGGUCCUUCGUGUAUGAACUCAGCGCAGUCCUCAUACACAGAGGAGUGAGUGCUUAUUCUGGCCACUACAUCGCCCACGUGAAAGAUCCGCAGUCUGGAGAGUGGUACAAGUUUAAUGAUGAAGAGAUAGAGAAGAUGGAGGGGAAGAAAUUACAGCUAGGGAUUGAGGAAGAUCUAGCAGAGCCUUCUAAGUCCCAGACACGUAAACCCAAGUGUGGCAAAGGAACUCACUGCUCUCGAAAUGCAUAUAUGUUGGUUUAUAGAUUGCAAACCCACGAAAAGACCAACACAACGGUUCAAGUUCCAGCCUUUCUUCAAGAGCUGGUAGACCGAGAUAAUUCCAAAUUUGAGGAGUGGUGUGUUGAAAUGGCUGAGAUGCGGAAGCAAAGUGUGGAUAAAGGGAAAGCAAAGCACGAGGAGGUGAAGGAGCUGUACCAAAGGUUACCUGCUGGAGCUGAGCCCUAUGAGUUUGUUUCUCUUGAAUGGCUGCAAAAGUGGUUGGAUGAGUCGACACCCACCAAGCCCAUUGAUAAUCAUGCUUGCCUGUGUUCCCACGACAAGCUUCAUCCUGAUAAAAUAUCAAUCAUGAAGAGAAUAUCCGAGUAUGCGGCUGACAUUUUCUACAGCCGAUAUGGAGGAGGUCCAAGACUCACUGUGAAAGCCCUGUGUAAGGAGUGUGUUGUAGAACGCUGUCGUGUAUUGCGUCUGAAGAGCCAACUGAAUGAAGAUUACAAAACUGUAAAUAAUCUGCUGAAAGCAACUACGAAGGGCAGUGAUGGAUUUUGGGUGGGAAAAUCAUCCUUGCGGAGUUGGCGUCAGCUGGCUCUUGAACAGCUAGAUGAGCAAGAUGGUGACGCAGAGCAAAGCAAUGGGAAGAUGAACGGGAGCUCCUUCAGUAAAGAUGAAUCGAAGGAUGAAAGAAAAGAAGAGGAGGAGGAAUUAAAUUUUAACGAAGAUAUUUUGUGUCCUCACGGGGGGUUAAGUGUAUCUGAAAAUGAAAGAAGACUGGUUUCUCAAGAGGCUUGGAGGAAGCUGCAGCAGUACUUCCCAAAGGCCCCUGAGUUCCCCAGCUACAGAGAAUGCUGCUCACAGUGCAAGAUUCUAGAGCGAGAAGGGGAAGAAAAUGAAGCCUUACAUAAGAUGAUUGCAAAUGAGCAAAAGACUUCACUUCCAAAUUUGUUCCAGGACAAGAACAGACCAUGUCUCAGUAACUGGCCAGAGGGUACAGACGCCCUCUACAUUGUAUCACACUUCUUUUUAGAAGAAUGGCGGAAAUUCGUUAGAAAGCCUACAAGGUCUACACCUGUGUCGUCAGUUGGAAACGCUGCCCUUCUGUGUCCUCAUGGGGGACUCAUGUUUACAUUUCCUUCCCUCACCAAAGAAGACUCUAAACUCUGUCAACCUUUAGAGAGAAGAGAAGGAGGCUGGCCUACUGCAACACAUAAUAAUAUAGCUCUCAUAUGGCCCAGCGAGUGGCAAAUGAUUCAAAAGCUUUUUGUUGUGGAUAAAGUAAUUAAAAUUACAAGAAUUGAAGUGGGAGAUGUAAACCCUUCAGAAGCACAGUAUAUUUCUGAGCCUAAUCUCUGUCCAGACUGCAGAGAAGGCCUGCUGUGCCAGCAGCAGAGGGACCUACGCGAGUACACCCAAGCUACCAUUUAUGUCCACAAAGUUGUAGACAAUAAAAAGGUGAUGAAGGAUUCAGCUCCAGAGUUGAAUGUGAGUAGUUCUGAGACAGAGGAGGAUAAGGAAGAAGCUAAGCCAGAUGGAGAGAAAGAUCCCGACUUUAAUCAAAACAAUGGAGGUGCCAAACGGCAGAAGAUAUCCCAACAGACCUACAUUGCCUACCAGAAGCAGGUCAUCCGGCGGAGCAUGCGGCAUCGGAAAGUCCGUGGGGAGAAGGCGUUGCUGGUUUCUGCUAAUCAAACGUUAAAAGAAUUGAAAAUUCAGAUCAUGCAUGCAUUUUCAGUUGCUCCCUUUGACCAGAAUUUGUCAAUUGAUGGAAAGAUUUUAAGUGAUGACUGUGCCACCCUUGGUACCCUCGGCAUCAUUCCUGAAUCUGUCAUUUUACUAAAGGCUGAUGAACCAAUCGUAGACUACGCUGCAAUGGAUGAUGUCAUGCAAGUCUGUAUGCCAGAAGAAGGGUUUAAAGGUACGGGUCUGCUUGGACAUUAAUCUUUGACCACUUGCUGACUGCUAAGAAAUGACCAGAAGGGAAGAGGAAUUUGACAUGUUAGGGCAUUAAAUAAUAAAGAAAAGGUGGAUUUAAGAAUGAAACCAUUACCUGGCUCUUCCAAAAGGCAAAAAUACAUUCAAAAGUGACUGUCCCAAAUGCCUUAUGUCAAAUAAAGCAGAUUGCACUGAUGGACAUCAGACUUGAAGGAAAUGUUUCAGAUUUUCUAUUUAAGGGGGGUGGUGGGAGGGAGAGGGCAAGGAAGGACUGAGCAAGCUGGGUAGCAGUAAGAGGAAAUCAUGUUUACAUACGAGAUUUAUAGCCACGGGAGGGAGUAAAGUUCUGAUUGUUUUCUGACGGAGUGUCAUACCAGACGCCCUGGUCCAUAGCGGAUUUGUAUCACAGUACAUGGGACCGCAUCCUGCUCUGAACUCAAAAGUGAUUAUGUUUAGAGACGUGACCUGCUUACUGAUACCUGUCUUUGACUCAUACUCACCUUUCAAUAAAGCAUGAAAAUGAAGAACUUGCCGGCGUGGAAAGUGUCUUCAGAGCUCCAUCCCUCUCCAGGUCGGCUGCUGCCUUGCCCCCUGCUUGCAGCCUGGGUCCUUCAGUGCUGGGUAGAGGGGCACCUGUAUGCCUUCCUCAUCAAGCCAGGAAUGUGUUUCUAUUUGGGCUUCAAAGGUUUCCUGCCUCUGUGCGUGUCACAAACGAAAGGGGAAUGUUUAUUGCGUGUAUAGCAGUUCCUUCCAGUUCUGCUGUUACCCAAAUGCACAUUUGAAAAACAAGAUCACCUUGCCAGAAGACUGUAAGCCGGACAGAAGCCCGAUGUGAUAUGCAAGGUUUUUAUAGAAUUUGUUUUUUCCAUUCUCCAAGUCCAUUCUUUGGAUCUCAAUUCUCUUUGUGAAAGCGUUCUUCUGAUGUGCCCUGGCUUUGAAAAGUGGGGACAAAACAGUCUGUGACAGGGUGUGCUGUCUUCUCCAACUCAGGAUUACUGUUAGUAGCAACUAAUAGUCAAAGCAGAGUUCUUAGGACUAGGGAAAGGGUUUUUAAUGGAACUUCAGACUGGAGUUUUGGUUUUUUUUCUUGCUGUCUUCUCCGUUGACUGUGUAUGUAUAUGUUUGUGGCUGAGAUGCUGAUGCAGGCAUUUCUGUUACAUAUUUUUGACCUCAAGUUUGUGCCAGGCUUUUUUUUUUUUUAAAUCUGCACUUAAAUAAUGGAUAAGAGAGGCCAAUUUCGACUUGAGAGCCAGUAACUUUAGCAGCAUCUUUUGAAUAGCUUUAUAACAGAAUACUUAGAGCUGUUUGGUCAGAGUCUGGUGUAGCGUCUGUGUUUGCACUGUAUUGAGGUUUGUGUGCUGGAGGAGGUGGAGUUUAAUGAGCCGGUGCAGGGGAGGGAGCGCUGUACACCUUCCUCAAAAACCACCCUAGGAGCAGGAGGGAGUGCUGUUCUGCCUUGGAUGGGCACAGGGACUUGAAGUCACCCUGAUUUCCAGAUCUGUCAUGUACUGAGCCUCACACAAAGGAGCUCACUCUUUCCCAAGGCCAAGGUACAUAAAAGUUCACUAAGAGUUUCCUUACAAAGAAGCCCAGGGAUUGUGGCAAAGCACUUGCCCAGCACAAAGCACUGGUUGAACCUCAGCACCAUUAAAAAAGGGGAAAAAAUAGCCAGGCUUGGUGGCGCACGCCUUUAAUCCCAGCACUCGGAAGGCAGAGGCAGGCGGAUCUCUGUGAGUUCAAGGCCAGCCUGGUCUACAUAGUGAGUUCCAGGACAGCUGGGGCUACAGGGAGACGCUGCUUCAAAAAGACAAAUAAAUGAAUAAACAAAAAGGGGGGAAAAAGGCAGUACAAAGAGCCUUACUGGCCACGCGUGAGGGUUUUUCUUCAGAGGCUUGAUAUAAACAAGCCAAUAUUUCUAGAAAUCUGAUUGUUCCAAGCUGCAGUUGAUGCCACUUUUAAAGUUUGUUACUUGGGUGUCCUUAUUUUCUUUACAUAAUGAUAAAAAUGAUAACCUUUAAAUCUUCCAAGCUGGUACCUUUGCCCUAUGGGAUGCAGGUGGGUUGGGCCCAGAAUAAGCAAAGGGGAUGGCCCCUCUUCCACCCUGACAACCGUCCUGAGUCUUCCAGUGCCACUCAAACUGCAAAGCUGUUUUGGAACUGCAGGAGCUCAGAGCAGCAGAGCCCACAGCCACUUCUAUGCACAGAGAAGCUUGGGUCCCUGAGCUUGGGCUUCUUUUCGACCUGCAGAUGACAAGGCAAAUGACAUUGAAUGUGCUUGUGUACUUAAUGGCUGCUGUGUUCCUAUUUACUGCAUAUGGUGUCCAAUAGUCUUCUGGGCUGGGGCUACCUUAAAUAGACUAUUCUGGGUCCCAAUGUUGUGUGUGUGUGUGUAUGUGUGUCCAUGUAUACACUUUGCAUUAAUCCAUAUUUUGAAGCUUCCCCUUUGUGUAUAUUUUUCUUUUUCAAGACAAGGUCUUGUAUAACCAAGGCUGGCCUCAUACUAUGUAGCCAAGGAUAACCUUGAACUUCUGGUCUUCCUAUCACCGCUUCCCAGCCACUAUGGCAGGUGCUGAGGCUCAAAUCCAGGGCUUCGAGCAUGCUAGAUAAGCAUUCUGCUUACUGACCUCCAUCCUCAGCUCUCCUCUGUAUAUUUUUGAUCAUUCUUUAAUCUCAAGCAAAUGUGUAGAGUCCCCAUAUUCUGAAAAAAUAAUAAUUGCCAUUACUGGACAUAUAGGCUGUGAUUUAAUGUCUUCGUUUCCCCAGGGAAAACUUUCUUUUCUGUAUUUAUGAACUUUAUUGUUUAGAAUCACUGUUACUUUUCUGCCAAAUUAAAGACGUGUGUCUCUUUGUUUCCACA